AUGUCCGCUUCUGCUCCCGCUCUCGACACUCACCACUCUCCCUCAGUCCAAAUUUCGGGGACGUCAAAACCUGUCAAUCCCCCUAACCGAUGGCGGAUAACUAUCUUGGCGAAGGGCACAAAUAUUUCAAUUUAUCCGACUAUGAGCUCGAUCCACGCAGUCGAUAUAGACGGCUAUGCAGAGCCCCCUCAUGGCCGACACAUCCAGAAACUUCUGGCGAGUGCGUACACCGCUUCUGCAAUUAUUCUGAAGACUCAAGCUAUCGACUACCUCUCUAGGGCCAGUAUCAGCACUACUCCGAGACAUAUCGAGCCACCUCAAGACCAAGAGCACGUGCAACCCGAUGCCUGGGGGAAGAGGCGACGAGAAAACAUAACAGAUGGCUACGUUACUGAUGGUUCUUACGCCGAGGCGCCUCCGAUGUCUCCCUUCUCUUCUGAGGCGAGUGGUUUGGAGGGGAUCGAUGACAUCGGCGACGAAAUAGACAGUCCAUACGCUUCCGAUCACGACAGACCACAAUCGUCGACAUCCGCUAUUCGUGAUCGGAGGCUCAACGAGCCUAUAUUUCCGCCCAAGCUACCGCCUGCAGCCCGUCCGCUACAAAAAAUGCCGGUGGUGUCACCUAUACUUCCCAAUCCCGCGUCCGCUUCGAGUUCUGUUGUGCAAUACAGCUCGAGUCGAUUAGCGGAACGUGCAAGAUUAGCUAGUUUGCCCACAACGUCAGAACCUCCGGCUAAGGUCCAUACCGGAUACUCAGCAAGGUCAGUGACGAGCCUGGGUGUCAGCACCCAACCUUAUGCUUCCGGGAUGAAAGAGGCGGUUCUAGAGAAGCACCGAGGUAAUGAGUCUCCAUCACCGAGAAAUGAAGAAUUUCGCACGGACGUGACCAGGCCCAGACGGGCAACGAUCAACACUCUCGCAACGUAUAUGCAGCCAAUUCCGGGCCCUAGCUCUGUGGAGCGUAGGCGAUUAGAUACCCCCGCAUCUAUCACGGGACCUGACAUGUCAAAAAUCAAAAACGAGCAUUCGAGUCCUCCCCCUCUUGAUUUGAGUGCGCCCGAGCAGCCGUAUUCGGCGACGUACACCAAGGAUGGUGAAGAUUGGGGGUUGACGGUAUCUACAGCUGAUUCGUAUCGACGCCGCAAGCGAAGUAGGUCCAGUGCAUCAGCAACCAUUCAAGCAAAUACACCCAGGAUUGUGGAAUCUGAGCAGCUUCCUAGACGAGGGGACAGAUCAAGUGGGAAUACGUUGCUAAAGGUAGCGCUUGAGAGCGGAGACUAUGAACAGAUCGCAGACAACAAAUGGCGCUGUAGAGUUCAUAACGAAUGUUUAGGUGGACACCGCUCAGUGACACGGCACCAUGAAUCGGUGCAUCUUAACAAAACUGCGGAGUGUAAAUACUGCGGUGCUCUCUUUUCGCGACGCGACGCUAUGCUACGGCAUCAACGAUCAAGUGGAUGCAAAGGGGUGGUGAAGCAGCAAUUCUGA